AUGCGAGGAACGUACCCACACUUUUCCCCUGCCUUAAGAUGCGUGCGGUUUAAUUCCUCCCGUAGACACUUCUCAUUACCAAUAAUACAAAUAUCCAAUGGCACCUUCUACCGCCAACACCCAGCGUGGCAGCCAGCGCCGGGUCAAGAUGUUCCUCCGAAUCCGCCAUUGUUUCCUGGCUUGACAUUAUCUCUUCCUUCAGCCUCCUUCCCGAACCAGCAUUGGGCCAUCCUAAGUCCCUCUUCCACAAUUAGAACUGCAUUCUUGCAGAUACUACGUGGACAAUUGCUUUGUUUCCCUCCUACAGCUCGCUCAUACCCAUUCCUCCUCUCCGAGGAGAUGAAGGUAAAGAGUCCCAAACUUCGCUUUCCGGAACGUGCAAUUGAAUACGUUGGCUUUGAUGUUGAGCGCAAAGCUUUUGGAGGUGCAUAUCUAAGCGCUCGGUACGAGAGUCGGGUCGAGGAGACAGACUUCACACUUGCCCAGUACCUGACUGGAAUCACUGGGCUGAAUCCAGGCGAGGAUCUCGUCAGGGAGAGAACGCCAGAUGAGGAAGUUAUGCUACAGGUUGUCAAGGAUCUCGAGCUAGCGCCCUUCUUCAGGAAGCCUGUAAGCAUGCUCAGUAAUGGGCAAAGCAGAAGAGCUAGGAUUGGCAAGGCCCUGUUGACUAGACCGGAGAUGCUAUGCCUUGAUGCACCCUUCAUCGGUCUGGAUCCGUUCGUUUCACAGCAUAUAUCUCAAGUCUUACAUCGCCUUGCAGAAGCCAGCUCGCCUCGAAUAGUUCUAUCACUAAGGCCGCAAGAUGCAAUUCCGGAGUGGGUAACCCACAUCGUCUAUGCGGGUGAAGAUGGAGAGGUAGGUGCCCUUGGUCUGAAGGAUGAAGUCUUCCAAUUCUUGAAGCAGCAGUAUGAGAAUAUUGAAGAAUCAUUUGCUGCUCAAGACAGUUCACGAGAACAUGACCUUGAUCCAAGGUUGGUUGAGAUGAGGGAGGUCGGGCGGCACCUCUCGGAAUGGGGUGGGUUCGAUGUCGGCCCCAGCGAUGCGGAAACGACAGACCGUCCGGUUCUGAGUCGGGAUGCAUACGAAAAAGUUGAUACAUCAGCGACCCCGAGAGGCGAGCCCGUCGUACAGAUGGAAGGCGUACGCAUCAAAUACGGGAGUAAUUCCGUGCUUGGCGACUGGACGCAAGAUAUAAAUGGAAGGGCGAGAGACGGACUUUGGUGGAAUGUUCAUCGAGGGGAGCGGUGGGGCAUCUUUGGGGCGAACGGGUCGGGGAAGACAACUCUGUUGAGCCUUGUCACCUCCGACCACCCACAGACCUACUCGGCACCAGUCCGCAUCUUCCAGCAUUCAAGGCUUCCAGCUCCCGGUAUCCCCGGCAUAACUAUCUUCGAUAUUCAGGAUCGUAUGGGUCACUCGUCCCCAGAAGUACAUGCGCUUUUCCCGAGAAACCUCACUGUGAGGCGGACUCUUGAGUCAGCCUGGAGCGAAACACCGAUCACGAAGCCUAAGCUCACACCCGAUGCAUCUAAGCGUGUAGAUGCAUGUUUACAGUGGUUUGAACCCGAUCUUAGUCCCAUACUUAAAGACGGCAAAACCUCCAGCGGGAAAUUAGAUUGGGCAUCUCAUUUCAUGUUUGGCGAACUGUCCUUCUCUGCGCAACGCGUCCUCCUCUUCCUCCGUGCCACCAUUCGAAACCCGGACAUAGUCAUCCUUGACGAAGCUUUCAGUGGUAUGGAUGACCUCGUACGAGAUAGGUGUCUUUUGUUCCUCAGCCGUGGUGAGAGUAUGACUUUACACUACCAGGAGUCAGGCCCCAAUCCCAUAGAGAGCGAUAUAUCAAAGAAAGGAAAGGUCGUUGUUCCUGGCCUCCAGGAUCAUCAGGCACUUCUAUGCGUUAGCCACAGCAGACAGGAAGUGCCCGGUUGCAUCAGGGAAUGGAUAUGCCUGCCGGAACCCGGCACAGGACCUCCGAGGUUUGGGAGAUUUGAUGGACCUGUGGAGUUGAGCUAUAAGCGGUGGAACUAUAUCUGGAAUUGGCCACAAAGGCCAUAAAAAGG